AUGGUUGUGCAAACCAAGAGUUUUGAAAAUGCUACCUGUAAAUUGGAGAAAGGUCAAGAAUCGGUGUUGGAAAACAUAGGGGGUGGCAAGAUCGAUUGGGACGAGCAUAUCCAGAGUUACGUUCUGCUAUCAUUCUACAUUGGUUAUACAAUAACACAACUUUUGGCAGGUGUCAUAUGUGAUAAGGUAGGGGCCAAAUACCCUGUGGUGGUCAGUAUAGGUUUGUCCACGAUUACGACAAUGCUGAUUCCUGUUACGGUGAUGAGUAAAUUCCACUGGCUUUAUCCGUUUACGCUAAGAUUUUUGUGCGGACUGGGACAAGGAUUUGCGUUCCCAGCUGUGACGACGUUCCUGGCUCGCUGGGUGCCUUCAGAUGAAAGAGGCGUUCUAGGGUCUAUAGUGUACUCUGGAUACUCUUUCGGUAUAGUGUUUGGAACUCUGAUCAGUGGUUUAUCUAUAGAUUACUUCAGCCAUUGGGCAGCGCCGUACUACAUCUGGAGCUUUGCUGGUGUUGUAUGGUUACCAUUCUUCGUUUUGUGGGCUACCUCUGAACCGGUCGAUCACAAGUACAUAACGCCCGAAGAAAUGGCGUUGAUUGAGUCGAAUAUUGAAAGCAAACAGAAGAGUGUCAUUCCUUUGCGUAAAAUACUCUCCGAUAUUGGCGUCUGGGGAUUAAUAAUAGGCCAAACCGGUAACAACUACAUCACAUUGAACUUAAUCACCUACCUGCCAAAGUACUUGAAUAAUGUAUUAAAUUACAAUAUGCAACAGAACGCGUGGGCCUCGUCUCUACCAUUUAUAGGCAUGUUUCUAAGUGGUAUCAUGUGUGGCAGGAUUUCAGAUUAUCUGACUAAGAAGAAAAAUGUGAACGUAAAUUUGAUGAGGAAAGUCUGCACUUUCUUAGGUACCUGCGGUCCAGCUUUCUUCCUUCUGCUUUCCGGUUACGCAAACUGUAACAGGCUGAAUGCAAUGAUUUUUAUAUGCAUUUCCAUUUUCUUCAAAGGACCUUUCUACGCUGGCCUUAAGAUCAAUGGUAUGGAUCUGACAACCCACUACGCCGGUACACUAAUGUCAUUCUCUAACGGAUUUGGUUCCAUGCCAGGAUUCAUUGGACCCUACGUCAUAGGUAAACUUGCUCCAAACAACGCCUUGCACGAGUGGCAACUGGUAUAUUGGAUCACGUUGGCCGUAACCAUUGUUUGUACCAUCUUUUAUUUGUUAACCGGGAAAGCGCGCAGAGCCAAGUGGGACUAUACCGAUGAAGAGUGGAAUCAGCUGGACCACACGAAAAAGAAGAGGAAAUGGUACCUUCAGUACUCUCCCGAGGAAAUCCAACAACGGCAGACAGAUCGCGAGGAACGCAGGUUGAGAUCGCUCAGCCGCAGCAAGAAAAUACCUAAAUGA